UUCUUCUAUGUUAUCCAUUUUACUGAUUCAUUUGGAGUGUUUUGUUUCUGUGUUCUGUAUUUCAUUUGGUAGAACAGUCUUACCAAAGCUGGGUUCUUUUUUCUUUUUUUAAUCUGAGUUUCUUGAAUAUGGAAGCUCUUUCUUUCUACUCACCCCUGCUUUAGUUCAGUAGUUUCAGAUAUAGAUACCGUUUUACAUGUGAAACGGGUUUUUUGUUUUGAGAUGUUCUGUGUUCAUAUUCACUACAAGCUGAAAAAAAGGAGUGAUUGGCUUCUCAUGUUUCUGUUAGUAUCAAUUUUAAAGCUCUUUCCUUCUCUAUUGGCUGUUUUGAUUUUUAGUUUGAAAUCUCUAUUUUUCAUAAUUGCAUGAUAAAGGCUUCAUGUGUUGAAUUUUAAUUUUUCAUAAUAUAUACCUCCCAGCUUCUUGUGUUAAUUUCAUAGAAGUAUUCAACAUAUACUUAUUUCACUAAAUUGAUUUGUUUGUCUUCCAUCUUCUAUUCUUCAUUGUUUCAGAUUUCACUAUGGGCUAUUGGUAAUUUGAUCUCUCUAGUCUCUCUUUUUGUUCCUCUCCUUUAGACCUUUAUCUUCUUUUUCAAAACCCUUCUGUUGUAACCUUGAAAAGUUGCAACUGAGGAGAUCAAACUUCAACUUGACUACCUAUGUUUACAUUGCUUUUUCAAUUUUUCUUUGAAUCCUUUAUUACCUGCUUUGAAUCACUAUUUCAUAUUGAAUUUGUUAGUUUUGAAACCCUAACCGUAUAUGUUGUUCCACAAGGCUAAAUCGUUUUCUUUCAAGUUGGAAAAAACUCGAAGAAUUUCAUUAUCUAUUGAAACAACAGUUAUGAAAGACUGAUCUCUCCUUUUUCUAUUCUUUCCUCUUCUUUGUUUCUUUUGUUUGCAUGUUCUUCAUGUUGGAGUGAGGCUGUUGAACUCCUCUGCUAAUCAGGCUCAGAAUAUCCUUAUGUAUCUGGCAAGAAAUACAGAAGACUACCCUUGUGAUUUUGGUUUUGAUCCGAGUCUGAAAAAUUCAUAGGCCGAGAGGACAAGUUAAGAGAAAGCUAGAGAUGGGAUGUUCUACAUCUAAGCUAGAUGAUGGAGAAGCAGUUCAACUUUGUAAAGAUCGAAAGAGAUUUAUUAAACAGGCUCUCGAACAAAGAGCACGAUUUGCAUCUGGACACUUGGCCUAUAUCCAGUCCCUGAAAAGAGUUUCAGCUGCUCUUCGUGACUAUAUUGAAGUGGAUGAGCCUCAUGUGUUCUCAUUAGAGUCCUUCAUAACCCCACCAUUCACACCAAUAAAGAAAACAAGUCCUGGUUUUAUCUGUGACAGUACACCUAAGAUCAGGAGGAUUUCAUCAAAAUCCUUCUCACCUGCACAAACCCAAUCCGAACACCAUUCAUCUGUGAAGGUACAUUACCUAAGAUCAGGAGGAAAUCCAGCAGUGUCAGUGGAAGAGAGACCACCUCAAUCAUCGGAGACAGUCAGUGGAAGUCCUGGUUUUAUCUGUGACAGUACACCUAAGAUCAGGAGGAUUUCAUCAAAAUCCUUCUCACCUGCACAAACCCAAUCCGAACCCCAUUCAUCUGUGAAGGUACAUUGCCUAAGAUCAGGAGGAAAUCCGGCAGUGUCAGUGGAAGAGAGACCACCUCAAUCAUCGGAGACAGUCAGUGGAAGUCCUGGUUUUAUCUGUGACAGUACACCUAAGAUCAGGAUGAUUUCAUCAAAAUCCUUCUCACCUGCACAAACCCAAUCCGAACCCCAUUCAUCUGUGAAGGUACAUUACCUAAGAUCAGGAGGAAAUCCGGCAGUGUCAGUGGAAGAGAGGCCACCUCAAUCAUCGGAGACAGUCAGUGGAAGUCCUGGUUUUAUCUGUGACAGUACACCUAAGAUCAGGAGGAUUUCAUCAAAAUCCUUCUCACCUGCACAAACCCAAUCCGAACCCCAUUCAUCUGUGAAGGUACAUUGCCUAAGAUCAGGAGGAAAUCCGGCAGUGUCAGUGGAAGAGAGACCCCCUCAAUCACCAGAGACGGUCAGAGUAGAAACUUACUCUCCAGUACACCAGUUUGGAAUGGAUGGUUUCUUUGCAAUGCAAUCUUCGCCAAUGAAUUCUUCUUCAUUCUUCUCCUAUUCCCCUAACAACAGGCCCAAUAUCCCUCCACCUUCACCUCAAAACUCUCAAUGGGAUUUUUUCUGGAACCCAUUUUCAUCAUUAGAUUAUUAUGGUUAUCCCACUCCAUCUAGUAUUGAUCAGACAGUCAUGGAUGAUGAGAAUAGAGGACUAAGGCAGGUCAGAGAAGAAGAAGGGAUCCCUGACUUGGAAGAAAUUGAAACUGAGCAAGAGGAUUGCUAUGAUGAGGCAAAUGUAAGACAAGAAAGGGAUAAAAUGGAUCUAAACUACAACAGAGAAGAAGUUAUUGUUGAAGACGAUGAUGAGGAUGAGGAGACGGUCAGCGGAGACGAAACUGAGCAUGAAGCAGAAAUACCCUCCCAUGAUCAUGUUACUAUAGAGGUGCGAGCUCAGACUGCAAGACAAGUUGAAACUAGUAAUCAAGGAACGGCAGUUGUUGAUCGAGAGGCCAAGGAAGAAACACCAGGAUUUACUGUUUAUGUAAACCGAAGGCCAACAAGUAUGGCAGAAGUUAUCAAGGAUUUAGAAGCUCAGUUUGUGAUCGUUUGCAAUGCAGCCAAUCAGGUCUCGGCGUUGUUAGAGGCCAACAGAGAGCAGUACUCAUCAACCUCCAAUGAACUCUCAGCAGCCAUGAAAAUGCUGAACCCAGUAGCUUUAUUUCGCUCAGCAUCCUCGUCUCGCUCAGCCUCAUCCAGAUUUUUAGUGACUUCUUCCUGCUCCAAAGAUGAAGGUUAUGAAAGCAGCAGUGACUUCUCAGAGGAGCCCUGCAUGUUUUCAGGUAGUCACCAAUCAACAUUGGACAGAUUGUAUGCUUGGGAGAAGAAACUCUAUGAGGAAGUCAAGUCUGGAGAAAAGGUUCGGAUGACAUAUGACAAGAAAUUAAAGCAACUCCGGAACCAAGAUGUAAAAGGCUAUGACCAAUCUGCUCUAGAAAAAACAAGGGUAUCCAUUAGAGAUCUGCAUACGAAGAUGAAGGUUUCGAUACACUCAGUUGAAGCUAUUUCAAAGAGAAUUGAAACCUUAAGGGAUGAAGAACUGCAGCCUCAACUUUCAGAAUUGGUGCAAGGGUUGGCAAGGAUGUGGAAAGUAAUGGCAGAGUGUCAUCAGACACAGAAACGAAGCCUCGAUGAAGCCAAGCUUCUACUAGCAGGCACACCUUCAAAACUGGAAGCUAAAAGGCUUUCUUCUUCCAGUUCAGUUACUGAUCCAAACCGGCUAGCACGUUCUGCAGCCAAUCUUGAGACCGAACUGAGGAAUUGGAGAGCCUAUUUCGAGUCAUGGAUCACUUCUCAGCGAUCCUACGUACACGCAUUAACAGGAUGGCUUCUCCGUUGCAUGAGGGCUGAUCCAGAUACAUCAAAGUUGCCAUUCUCUCCUCGUCGCUCUUACGGUGCUCCUCCAAUAUUUGGAAUAUGCAUCCAAUGGUCAAGGUUUCUAGAUGCCAUACGUGAGACCCCAGUGCUAGAUGGACUAGAUUUUUUCGCAGCUGGUAUGGGAUCUCUCUAUGCACAGCAGGUUAAAGAGGAUUUACGUAGAGCUCGGAUAGGUUCAAAGAGGUUCGAGUCAACUGAGGAAUUCAGUGGGAAUAUGGAACUGGUGGAAGUUGGUCAAGUUGAACAAGUAAUGACUGCGGAUAAAAUGGCUGAAGUUGCCAUAAGGGUACUUUGUGCUGGAAUGUCAGUUACUAUGAGCUCACUGACAGAGUUUUCUAUUGCUUCUGCUGAGGGGUAUGCUGAUCUUGUGAAUCAAUGGGACGAUGCCAAGACUAGAGCUUGAAUGAGACUUUAGAUUUUUAUGGGGUAGUUUAGGAGUGGGUGUCUAAUGUAAUUACGAGUUAAGCUAUUUAUAAAUUCUUAGAGUAGAGUUGUUGCCACCCUAAUCCUUGUGUUUAUUUCCCAAGCAGCGUAGAAACAGAAUACGCUGGUUGUUAAGAAUGUAAUCUUACAUAACGAAGGGUUAAAUACUCGAAUCUAUAAUCGGUAACCACCAAUGAACUCCAAAUC